AUGAUUGCUCUACAAAAUCUCCAAGGAAUCUACAUUCGUGGCACCUACAACUAUCCAGCCAGAGGAGAUGCAAUUUCGAUGGCCGAGGUUUCGCUCGACGUCUCGGUGCCAGAAUCAUCCGAAGCCUCUGGUUCCACAGCCAUCGGGGUGGAGCAGUGCAGCAACUGUCCGCAAGGCUUUGCUGGAUUGUCUUGCCAAAACCCGGCUACGGGAUACUGUAGAAAGAAGCAAAGGGAUUACCUCAACUCCCCAGAUGAUAUGUCACUCGUCGGUUGGUCAGAACCUUGCGCUUGCAAUGGACACUCGGUCACUUGUCACCCAGAGACUUGUGUUUGCACGAACUGUGAACACAAUACCUUGGGCGACCACUGUGAUCAGUGCAAGAGUGGAUACAUUGGGGAUGCUAGACAAGGUGGAGAGAAUGCUUGCACGAAGUGUGCUUGUCCAUUGGUGGAGAACUCGUUCAGUGAUACCUGCGUGGCUGUGGAUCACGGUAGAGGUUAUGUGUGUAACGCUUGUAAGCCUGGUUAUACCGGACAAUACUGUGAAAGGUGGAACUUAGCUCACUGCUCUGCAAGCAUGUCGUGCUCCGAUAAACGAAAUGGUCCGCGUUAUAUGUCGCGCUUGAACUGUGUUGUCGGCUACUUCGGUCAGCCAUCUGUACCCGGAGGUUUCUGCCAAUCCUGCGAUUGUCACCCCGACGGUUCCCUACAUGGUGCUUGCAAUCCCCUCACCGGAGAAUGCGAAUGCCGUCCUGGAGUUACUGGACGUGACUGCAGUCGUUGUCAACAUCGUCAUGCUUUCAUAGGAGGAGUCUGCACAUCGUGUGAUCAAGGAUGCUACUUACCAUUGAUGACGAUGGUGGACGAGUUGGAAGUGACAUUGGCUAAUCAGAAUUUCUCAAAUUUGCGGCCGAUCCCGUGGAAAAGACUGUCUAGAAUUGGAAACAAUACUGAGCGUAAGUGGUUACUGCGCCAUUAUCAUACUUCUGUUCCUGCAUGCUAAAU